AUAAUCGCUACCAAACUUCUCAUUCUCACAAGUCAUAAACAGUCGUUUAUAGUUCAAUCCUUUUCCUCUUCUUUGUUUCUAAAAAGAGAAAAGUCACUUAUGGCGGAUAUCUCGGGAAACGGCUAUGGCAACGCCAGAGAAGAAGUAGUAAUGGUGAAUCUCAAGGAUGAAGUCGAACAUCAACAAGAAAUGGAAGACAUUCAUAACCCAAGACCCUUGAAGAAACAAGACUCUCUACUCUCAGUCUCUGUCCCUUUCUUACAAAAGUUGAUCGCGGAGUUUCUUGGAACCUACUUUUUGGUAUUCACCGGUUGUGCAUCGGUGGUUGUAAACAUGCAAAACGACAAUGUCGUGACUCUUCCAGGGAUCGCUAUCGUUUGGGGACUCACCAUUAUGGUCCUCAUUUACUCUCUUGGUCACAUCUCUGGUGCUCAUAUCAAUCCGGCCGUUACCAUUGCCUUCGCCUCUUGUGGCCGUUUCCCUCUCAAACAGGUUCCAGCUUAUGUCAUAUCACAAGUGAUAGGAUCAACGCUCGCGGCUGCGACAUUACGGUUGUUGUUCGGACUUGAUCACGACGUUUGUAGCGGAAAACACGAUGUGUUUAUCGGAUCAUCACCAGUGGGAUCAGAUCUUCAGGCGUUUACGAUGGAGUUUAUCGUCACUUUCUAUCUAAUGUUCAUCAUUUCUGGCGUUGCUACCGAUAAUAGAGCGGUUAGUAUUUUCAUAUCUUCUUAUGUUGUCAAAUUCGAUGGCUUAUAUUAGUGUUAUUAAUUACUGCUCCCUCUCAGAAGUUACAUUUGUUUUCUGUGGUCUUUAAAUUUACGAGAAACUUAACAUUGGGACCAAAUGCUGCAAUAUUCAGAUCGGAGAACUUGCUGGAUUAGCAAUAGGAUCAACGGUGCUACUUAACGUGCUAAUUGCCGCACCGGUAUCGAGUGCGUCGAUGAAUCCAGGAAGAAGUUUAGGACCUGCACUGGUCUAUGGUUGCUACAAAGGAAUUUGGAUAUACUUAGUUGCGCCAACUCUUGGUGCGAUUGCGGGUGCAUGGGUUUAUAACACAGUUAGAUAUACCGAUAAACCAUUGCGAGAAAUCACUAAAAGUGGUUCAUUUCUAAAGACCGUGAGAAUCGGUAGCACUUGAUAAGAGAAAAGAAAACAUGGGUGGAGUUGAUGGAGUAUUUUCAAAUGAAUGUAACAACUUUCACCACACCUUACGUAUAUGGCCUUUGUAUUAAUUGCUACGUUUAUCUCUUUUAUUGUUAACGCCAAGAUUCUCUAUCUUGUUAUUAAUGUGUAACUGUAUCGUAUAUUUUUUAAAUAAUAAAAUUCAAUUCUAGAAAGAUCAAAC